AUGGCGUUAGACAAAACUGAUAAAAUGUCAAAGUUGCGCCCACUUGUAAAUCGAUUAAACCAAAGGUUCCAGCAGUGGGGAGUGUUCCAUGAAGACGUUUGUAUCGAUGAGUCGAUGGGACCAAGGGUAAUAAAACAGAAUGUCGUCUAUAUAAGAUUUUUAAGUUUUACAUUUUCGUUGGUGGAAGAAAGAUCCUUUAAUAAAUUUGCCAAGUGGAUACCUGGCUACAAAUUACCAACAAGAAAGACAUUAUCGAACUCGUUAUUACAGGAGGUGUACACAAAAUGCGAAGAUGAUGUAAGUGUGCAACUUGCUGAAGAAGUAACAACUAUGUGCAUCACCACGGAUCUUUGGACUUCGCGAGUGACGGAAAGUUAUAUCGCCAUAACAGGACACUAUAUUACAAAGAACUUUCAAUUUAAAACAACUCUUCUUGGAUGUUGCCAUUUUUCCGGGAACCACACAUCAGCCAAUAUAGCUGAACAAAUUGGGGCGUUAAUGGAUAAGUGGCAUUUAAGAAAAAAAAUUAACUUCGCAGUGACGGAUAACGCUGCCAAUGUAGUAAAAGCAAUUAAGGAUUUAGAUGAUUUAGAUUUUAAACACUUUGGAUGCUACGCGCAUACCUUAAACUUAAUUGUUGAAGAUGCGUUGAAACCGCUUAAACCUUUAGUAGAUAAGGUAAAAGCAAUCGUCGGUCAUUUUAAAAAAAGCACCACAUCAUCGGAGAGGUUGCUCAAAUACCAAAACCAACAAAGUAAUGAAUCGCCAAAACGGCUUAUUCAAGAUAUAGAGACGAGGUGGAACUCUACUUUUUACAUGAUACGAAGAUUUGUUGAGUUGGAGGAAGCAGUACGCUCAACAAUAGCACUAGUAAGUAGAGAGCUGCCAAUCCUAAAAAAUGAAGAAUGGGUUACACUUUUGCAGUUGUGCCAAAUUUUACAACCAGUUGAAGAGGUAACGAGUAUGAUGAGUGGUCAAAAUUACCUAACCGGUAGUUACGUCAUCGUGAUUACUCGUUGCCUCAAGGAAUCCUAUAAUAAAAUUUUGGGAACAAGUGAUCUUCAACAGGAUAUAAUUAGCGUAGCAAAAUCAUUAAAAUUAGGUUUAAGUGAAAGAUUUAAAAACAUUGAGCAAAGUGGCACAUUUGCUAUUUCAACUUUUUUGGACCCACGAUUCAAAAUGAAAGCCUUCGCAGACCAUAACGAAGCAAAUAGGGCCAAAGAAAAAGUAAGAAGUCUUACAGCAUCUUUGAUCAGUUUAAAUUUAAGCAACGACAACAACCAUCAUCAGAUGCCAACAUCUUCAAAAAAAGAACCGAACGAAUUAAGUCCAUGGCAAAUAUUAGACGACAUAAUUGAAGAGAAUACCACACAAGGGACGCCACUUUCAAAGGCGAUUAAAGAAAUCGAUAUGUACCUGGGUGACGACUUCUUACCUAGGAAAAAUUCUGCAGGCGAGUGGAAUUGCCCACUUGAAUGGUGGAAAAACCAUCGCCAUGUUUAUCCGAAUUUAUCUCAGAUAUUUAUUAAACAUUCUAAUAUUGUGGCAACAUCGGUACCAUGUGAGCGGAUGUUUUCGAAAUCUGGGCUCAUUGUCAAUCAACGGAGGACCAGAUUGACAACACAAAAAGUAGAAAAACUUAUGUUUUUAAAUAUAAAUUUAGAUAAAAAUCGUUUUUAGAAUGUAAUUAUAGU